AUUCCGGAUUUGUGUGGUGGAAGCGGCGCACAACUCCAGGCCACACCGAACUCCGUACGACAAGUUGCACACAAACCCAACACAAUUCGCCGUCGCUUCGAGCAGUUGUGUGCUGACUCUCAAAGUGGGAACACUGCCGCUCAGACCACCUCUGAACGUUCCGCUGUGCGCGUUUUACCGGAAUCGCGGAUCAUUUGUGCGCAUCCUUGUUAUUACUCUUUUUUUUUCAAGGAAGUUGCCAGCAAACUAAAAGAAAAGUGAUUAGGAGAGAGAUUAUCCCUAAAAAUAAGAACCUAUCCCAAACCUAAGAAACAAGGAACUUUUCUAUUAAGGACCUAUCAAGGAUACCCUGGUCUGGAUUAAGUUUGAAUUAAUUUGAGAAUUUUUGGGCGUCGGCUUUCAACCCCCAUAGAAACUUCUUUUUUUCCAAUAAAUGUGACCAAAUCCCGGUGAAACCAUGAAAAUUCUCUGACAUAUUUACACUUCGCAAGGAGAUCGGAAUCCUUAAAACCCGUAUUUUGUUGAAAGACAAAAGGAAUUUUUGAAAAAUAAAAACAGUGAUUAUGUGUCUGGAGAGCUAAAUUCGGUAUUCUGGUUCCUCGGUUAUUUUUUUUUUAAUAACAGCAAAGUGUUGGUGAAGUGAAUCCUUCGCCGAAGUGAGAGUGGAUUAGAAAUAAAGCCAAAACGUCCUCGCCAGACACACAAUAUUCCCCAUAUAUGGUAAUGGCAGAGAUCGGUGGCCCUCUGGCUCACCAGCUUCCCUUGCAUAAUCAUCGUGGUGGACUCGUGCAACCAUCAUUGGUGAUGAACCAUCACUUGGAUCUGGAUUGUCAUGGGCAUGACAUUAAUCCCAAGAAACAACGAUUAUCCCUAUGCGUGGGAUGUGGUGGUCAAAUUCACGAUCGUCAUAUUCUGCGUGUUGCACCAGAUCUCGAAUGGCAUGCGGCAUGUCUCAAAUGCCAGGAAUGUCGCCAAUUUCUAGAUGAAAAUUGCACGUGUUUCGUCCGCGAAGGCAAAACAUACUGCAAGAGAGAUUACGUUAGGUUAUUUGGAACAAAAUGUGAUAAAUGUGGUAGUUCUUUUAGUAAAAAUGACUUUGUAAUGAGGGCAAAGACAAAAAUUUAUCAUAUUGAAUGUUUUCGCUGUUCAGCAUGUGCCCGACAAUUAAUACCAGGAGAUGAAUUUGCUUUAAGAGAUGGCGGUUCUCUGUACUGCAAAGAGGAUCAUGACGUGAUAGAAAAGAGCGCCCAAAGUACCGUACCCCCAUCGUUAGAAAGUAAUAAUAACAACAAUAAUAAUACAAAUUUAAGCAAUAACAAUCAUUCCAGUGAGCUCGGUUCAAUGUCAGACUCUGGAAGUGAAUCUGGCUCCCAUAAGAGUAUCCGAGAAAAGAGACCAAGUGGUCCAUCGGGUGAUGGAAAGCCUACAAGAGUUCGAACCGUUCUCAAUGAAAAGCAACUCCAUACACUCAGAACAUGCUACAAUGCCAAUCCACGACCUGAUGCCCUGAUGAAGGAGCAACUGGUGGAGAUGACAGGACUCUCACCUCGUGUUAUUCGUGUGUGGUUUCAAAAUAAACGCUGCAAAGAUAAGAAGAAAACGAUGCAGAUGAAACUACAAAUGCAGCAAGAGAAGGAUGGCCGUAAAAUGGGCUACGGAGCUAUGCAAGGAAUUCCGAUGGUGGCGAGUUCUCCGGUUCGUCAUGAUUCCCCGCUCAAUUUGCACGGAUUGGAAGUGACGGCGUACCAGCCUCCGUGGAAGGCCCUUUCGGACUUUGCCUUACACGCGGAUCUCGACAACAACGGUGCCGUGAAUCCCCACACGCCCGCUUUCCAGCAUCUCGUGAAUCAGAUGCACGGCUAUGAUAUUGGCGGAAUGCCUACGGCUCAAGGUCCACCGCCACAGAUGAAUGGACCUCCAAUGGAUGGAAGCCAUCAUCCGGACAGCACAGAUUCGUACGUUACGUAUCUGGAGAGCGAUGACAGUAUGCAGGGCAGCCCCUAAGGCAUUCAGAGAGUGCUCAAAGACAAGCCACUUCCCUGGGAAGGAGGCUUUCAAAGAGAGUCAAAGGCGCAACAUGCAUUCAGGAUCACUGAGAAUGCAUUGGAAUCUUUAUAGAGAUUACAACCUACUUAUAGUGGAUUAAUUUUGAAAUAAUGUGUAAAUACUGUGAGAAUAAUACCAAUAAUUUAAAUUUAUAAAUUUCUCCCUUUUCUCAAAGAGACCCUUCUUCCGAUUUUUUUUUAUUUUAGACCGAAAAAUUGGAGUAAAAUGCAUUUAACAGGAGAAAAAAUACAACUCCGAAAUGAACUAAAAAAAAUGUACAGAAAAUAUUUUGUGAAAUUUAUAAUUUUAUUUCGGGUCAAAGAUUAAAACAUAUAGAGCAUAAUGCAGCAAAAACUCUUGUAUCAAAAAAAAACAAAACUAUUGUAAUUAAUCUCUAAAUUAUACAUACAUGUAUUAUUGUAUACAUACCGAGAUUAAAGAUUUUCAAUAUAAA